UCUAAUUUCCUUUUAUAAUAUAAUCUCUAGUUUUGAAGGUUUGACUCCAGAGAGUUGCAAUAUGUAUUAGAACAUAUACUGCAUAAUUUAAGUUUAAUUUGUAACUAUUCUACACAAAUAUCUGUUUCAGAUGGAGCAGCUAUCAGAUGAAGAAAUUGACCAUGGUGCUGAAGAAGACAGUGACAAAGAAGAUCAAGAUCUGGACAAAAUGUUUGGAGCCUGGCUGGGGGAACUAGACAAACUCACUCAGAGUUUGGAUUCUGAUAAGCCCAUGGAACCAGUAAAACGAUCUCCUCUUCGCCAGGAAACAAACAUGGCCAAUUUUUCUUAUCGCUUCUCCAUAUACAACUUGAAUGAAGCUCUGAAUCAGGGAGAAACUGUGGAUCUGGAUGCCCUAAUGGCUGAUCUUUGCUCAAUAGAGCGGGAGCUGAGCAGUAUUGGUGCAGGAAACAGUAAGCGUCAAAUCACAGAAACAAAAGCCACUCAGAAAUUACCUCCUAGCCGACAUACAUCAAAACAUGGCACCUUGAAAGGAUUGUCUUCUUCAUCUAAUAGGAUAAAUAAACCGUCACAUGCCAACUACUCCCUGGAUGAUAUUACUGCACAGUUGGAACAGGCAUCCUUGAGUAUGGAUGAGGCUGCCCAGCAGUCUGUGCUAGAAGAUGCUAAGCCCUUAGUAACUAAUCAGCACAGAAGAACAGCAUCAGCGGGCACAGUGAGUGAUGCUGAAGUACGCUCCAUUAGUAACUCCUCCCGCUCCAGCAUCACUUCUGCAGCUUCCAGCAUGGACUCUUUGGAUAUUGAUAAAGUAACACGCCCUCAAGAACUGGAUUUGACACAUCAGGGGCAGCCAAUUACUGAGCAUGCUAUUUCUCUGAGAUGUCCCAGCAAGCAGGCCAAGCGUCAUAUUGACUUCACAGAAGAACAGGCUGAGCUCACACCUCACUCCUAUCUGGACAGGGAAACCUCCCUUCUUCUGAGAAACAUUGCAGGAAAACCUUCUCAUUUGCUGACCAAGGAAGAACAAGCAGCAAAACUGAAAGCUGAGAAGAUCAGAGUUGCUCUAGAGAAAAUUAAAGAGGCACAAGUGAAAAAGUUGGUUAUUAGAGUCCACAUGUCUGAUGAUAGUUCUAAAACAAUGAUGGUGGAUGAGAGACAGACAGUGAGGCAAGUGCUGGAUAACCUGAUGGACAAAUCCCACUGCGGUUACAGUUUAGACUGGUCACUGGUGGAAACCAUCUCUGAGUUACAAAUGGAGAGAAUUUUUGAAGACCAUGAAAACUUGGUUGAAAAUCUCCUUAACUGGACAAGAGAUAGUCAAAACAAGCUUAUAUUUAUGGAGCGUAUAGAAAAAAAUGCACUUUUCAAAAACCCACAGAACUAUCUUCUGGGGAAAAAGGAAACAGCUGAGAUGGCAGAUAGAAACAAAGAAGUGCUGUUGGAGGAAUGUUUUUGUGGAAGUUCUGUAACUAUACCAGAAAUUGAAGGAGUCCUUUGGUUGAAAGAUGAUGGCAAGAAGUCCUGGAAAAAGCGUUAUUUUCUCUUGCGAGCAUCUGGUAUUUACUAUGUCCCUAAAGGAAAAGCAAAGGUCUCCCGGGAUCUCGUAUGCUUUCUCCAGCUGGAUCAUGUCAAUGUUUAUUAUGGACAGGACUAUCGGAACAAAUACAAAGCCCCUACAGACUAUUGUCUAGUACUAAAGCACCCACAAAUCCAAAAGAAAUCUCAGUACAUCAAAUACCUUUGUUGUGAUGAUGUGAGAACCCUACACCAGUGGGUCAAUGGUAUUCGCAUUGCAAAGUAUGGGAAGCAGCUCUACAUGAACUAUCAGGACGCCUUGAAGAGGGCAGAGUCUGCCUGUGACUGGACCUCCCUAUCCAGCUCCAGCAUUAAGUCAGGAUCUAGUUCUUCCAGCAUCCCAGAGUCUCAGUCAAAUCACUCGACUCAGUCUGAUAGUGGAGUAUCUGACACCCAGCCAGCCGGACAUGUCCGCUCCCAAAGCAUAGUGAGCUCCAUCUUCUCCGAAGCCUGGAAACGAGGCACUCAGUUGGAAGAGUCUGGCAAGUCUCAGGUGCCAAAUGAAAAGGCCAGCACAGCUAAGGUCUACACCCCUGCAGCAGCCAAGACAGGGUCAAGUUAAGGUCAGGGGAUGCUCUUUGGAAACAUGUUAACCUGGGUGACUCCUGUAACCAAGUCUUGCAGACUAAUGCUUUUACUUUGAUGUGCAGUUUUUUUAAAAUGUUUUUUUUAAUUGAUUUGAGA